AUGGCCUUCUGUCUUUGGAUCAUCUUCCUCUUGUGCAUCGUACCCGUUGAACUAGCAGACAACAGUUCACCUCUGAUGCUUAAUGGCACAGCCAACUCCACACACAUGAACAAUACACGGAUCUGUCUGAUGGGAGAUAUCAAGGUAGAGAUAGGCGACGGUGACAAUAUAACAUGCGACAGGGAUCCCUUAAAUGGUACUGAUGGCCAUGGAGGCGGCGGGAAGACUGUCACCCAGUCGGACUACGUGGGUCUCAUCACAGUUCCCAUCUUCUUUAUACUGAGUGUAUGUGGGAACAGUCUCACAAUAGCAGUGAUGCUUGGGAAAAAGUUCCGAUCGAUGACUAGCAGCCUAAUUCUUAUUGCCAUGGCAUUAUCUGAUACCUGCUUCUCUUGCAUAAUUCCCUUCAACAGGUUGUUCUUCAGAGUUUGGGUUGGCUAUGACGUCAGAGCCUUGUCCCCCGAAGGGUGUUCCUUCUUUUUUAUCAUGCACAAAUCCAGCAAGAUGACCUCCUCCUGGUUCAUAGUCUUUGUCUGUUUUGAAAGGUUUGUUGCUGUCUCGUUCCCCCUGAAAACCAAAUUAAUCUGCACGAAACGAAAUGCACUGAUUGGCAUAGCGGGGGUGUAUAUUGGCCUUUUCCUUUACAACGGAUUCUGGACCUUCUCCACUAAAAUUGUAAACGGGACCUGUGUGCCCAACUACGCCACUCCAGAAACUGCCGUCAUGGCCAGAGUGUUCCUCAUCCUCGGAACGUUCAUCUACUCGCUGGUUCCAAGCGCCAUCUUGCUUGUCCUGACUCCGGCCAUCUGUUUCCAGUUAGCUAGACAUUCUCGACUGAGGAGGGAGAUGUCCAACAAGCAGGACACCAAUGAGGACGAGACCAACAAGACCAACGCCAUGCUGCUGGGAGUAACCUUCACUUUCUUCAUCCUCGUCACACCCAUUUCGAUCGCUCACAACAUCGCUUUUACGCUCAGUAUAAACUUCUUCGAGAGCAAAGAUUUCAAGAUGGUUGUAGUUCGGGAAACACUGCAGGUACGUUUUAAUUGGCAAUCAGAAAUUUCGACUUUUUAA